AUGGCUGUUCGUGUCUUUGAAAUCAGUGCUCAAAUAAACUAUGUAUUUCCAAGAGUUCUGUGCAUUUCACACAAUGAAAUCGCACCCUGGACUACAGUCUCACCUGUGCGACGUUUAGACCUAGUCGCACUGAAAAAGGGAGAGACAAGUGACGAGCGUUAUAAAGGCGAAUUCUACUCGAUAUUGAGUGAGUAUCCGAACUCUCAGCGGAUAUACACGGAUGGAUCUAAGACGGAGACUGGGGUAGGAAGUGCUUUCCUGACCUUGGGUCAGACAUACUCCUGGUCGAUGCCAAAGUCCUGUAGUGUAUAUACCGCUGAAUUGUACGCUAUCUGGCAGGCACUUAGGUUUGCCGAUCUCCAAGAAGGACACGAUUUCGUUAUCUGCUCUGACUCACUUUCAGCGCUUGUGGCAUUGGGUGACCGUUGGUCCAUGGAUCCACUGGUCCAACUGGUCCUCAAUGUUCAUCACCACCUCAAGCGGAGUCAGAAGCGUAUUGUGUUCAUUUGGACGCCUGGUCAUGUUGGCAUCCUGGGCAAUGAAAUUGUCGAUAACGCCGCACGACAAGCCGCAGUAGUAGCUACUGCAGACGAUGUGAGUGUAAGGGACACCGAUAUAAAAUCCCAUGUGAAGCUUUUGCUUCAUAGCAAGUGGCAAGAUAUUUGGAACGGGCUCAAUGCGAAGUUGUUCACCAUUAAGCCCUCAGUGACAAAGUGGAGUAAUCCACUGAAUCUGAGACGUAUCGUAGACGUCGCCAUCACGAGACUUCGCAUUGGGCACACGUCGCUUACAUCAGCAUUUCUACUAACAGGAGAGCAGCAACCUGAAUGUGCCACAUGCGGGCGGCCCCUUACUGUUAGACAUAUUUUGAUUACGUGCCCUCAAUAUCAAGCCAUGCGCCAACAAUGCGAUCUGCGAGGAGGCUUAAGUCAAAUCCUGGGUAACAGCGCCACCAUGCUGCCCAGGCUGGUACAAUUUUUAGAGCAAUCAGGACUUUUGCGAAAACUGUGA